AUGUUUAAUCAGUUACUGGUUAAACCAGUUCAACGAACCUGGAACAGUUCCCAUCUCUUCCCACUAAAACCCCGAUUUUGGCUUCCACGAAACACCCUCACCACCAUACCUGAAUCUCCACCGCCUUCCGAAGACGCCACCGUAGCAAAACUCGUCCUCGAAUCAGAUCCGUCAUCCCUCCCUGAAACCCUAUCAAACCACUCUUUCGAAUGGACCUCACAGCUAGUCAACAGCGUUCUCAAGCGUCUAUGGAACCACGGACCCAAAGCCCUACAAUUCUUCAAACACCUAGAACGCCACCCAACUUACAUUCACUCCUCAUCAAGCUUCGAACUCGCCAUUGACAUUGCAGCCCGAUUGCGCGAAUACAACGCCGCCUGGGCUUUAGUGGGCCGAAUGCGGGCUCUCCGUAUCGGCCCGACUCCUCGAGCAUUCGCUAUCCUCGCUGAAAGGUAUGCGACCGGCGGGAAAGCCCACCGGGCUGUGAAAGUGUUUUUGUCUAUGCAUGAACAUGGUUGUUACCAGGAUCUGAAUUCAUUCAACACAAUCCUCGAUGUUCUCUGCAAAACAAGGCGUGUUGAAAUGGCGCAUAGUUUGUUCAAAACAUUCAAAGGUUAUGAAGGAGAUGGUGGAGAGAGGAAUUACGCCGACGAUGGUUACUUAUAA